AUGACACUCAUUCAAAAAGUUCAAGAAGGCAAGGAAGACAUCAUGACUGACAUCACGAUGAAAGAAGACCUGGUGAAACCUUCGCGACCUGUCAGAAACAGGCGAUACACUCGAAGGAGCUUAGUAGCGGGCCAGCGUCCGCAAAAGAGGCUAUUCACACCAGAAAUUAAGCGAUAUCUCAAAGACUGGCUAGUGCGACGAAGAGAUAACCCGUACCCAAACAGAGAAGAAAAAAAAUAUUUGUCUCGCGAAACUGGCCUCACAUACAUACAAAUUUGUAACUGGUUUGCAAAUUGGCGAAGAAAGUUGAAAAAUGUGAAUGUAGAUAGAAACCAGCAAACGUGGGGCCAUUUGAUCCGCACAUACAAUGAUCGUGCACAGGGCAAUGUGGAACAGUUCAGCAUUUGUUCCGACGACAGCAUAUGGAGCGAAUCCGAUCCCAACAAUCCUGAUGAGAACUUAGACCAUGAUGGGGACCUAACAGGCAGUCCAGAAACAAUAACAGAAUACCACCACGACGAUUCCGACACAUCUUUGAAUAUGAAAGACAAGUGUGUCAACUUCAACAAUAACUCUUACAAAUCGGAUGCAAAUGAAAAUAGGAACGAGGAAACAAAAGCAAUUACAAGCCCAAUGUUACUCAGCAAGUGGCUAGAGAGCGCUGCACGGUUUCAACCAAGUGAGUGUAACUACUCGUGGUGGGCUGACGGAAAACGAAGAAAGCCAGAUGCGAAGAUCCAGCGGAUUACAGUAAAUACGAUGUCUCGACAUGACCGGGACGAGGUGGAAGCUGCAGUGGCCCUCACUGCUCUAGCGUCUGCUACCAGCCGUAUUUCUGCGCCAUGA